GGAGGGGCUCCGAGUCUGAUCCAGACUGUCACUGUUCUGCGCUUUCAAACUUACUACAGCCGUUAACCAGGACUAUCUGUUAGUAUUAGCAUAUGACAGCUGAUUAUAAAACUGUAAAAUGCGGUUGAGUGCUAGUUGAGUUUUAGAAAGUUAGACGCGACGCUAAUAUUAGACUGAUAGCUUGUCAUCAUUGUAGCCUAGCCAUGACAGACAGAGAUUAAAGACAGAGAUGUUUAUUUCUCUGUCUCAUGACAACCGCUGUGCUUUAACUGUCUCAGUGUGAGUGUUGAGUAAAACAGGUGACUGUUUCCGAUUUAAAGAGCGCUGUCGGGAAGUUGUUUAUUUACUUGAGUAUAAAACUAAUCUCUUACCCACGUCAGAUUAAGGUUAGCCUGCUAGCAGCGAGCAAAACUACUGUAACCACCAAUCUGUCUUUGUGGGAAUUAUGAGCUCCACUAAUGUUUAUGCAAGUCGCAAACGGAGGAAACCUGUGCCAAAAAGUGUGCAGCAGCCUCCCUCUGAAAGUGUCAAAACAAAUCCUUCCAAACGCCAUCGGGACCGCUUGAAUGGAGAGUUGGAGAGGUUGGCCAACGAGCUUCCCUUCCCGCAAGAGGUCAUAUCUAAGCUGGACAAACUCACCGUACUGAGGCUAAGUGUGAGCUAUCUGCGGGCCAAAAGUCACUUUAAUGUGACCCUGAACUCAAAGAGCUCCAGCCAGCCAACAAACAACACCAAAGUUCAGGAGCUGCCGGAAGGAGAGCUCUUGCUACAGGUUAUAAAUGGCUUUGUGUUGGCGGUCACCUCAAGUGGCACAAUCUUCUACACUUCCUCCACCGUUGCGGACUACUUGGGGUUUCAUCAGUCGGAUCUAAUCCAUCAGAGUGUUUAUGAGCUUGUUCACACUGAAGACCGGGCUGAGUUUCAGAAACAGCUCCACUGGGCGCUCAACCCCAGCUGCACCCCAGACGCUGGACAGCUAGUACAAGUUUCCCAUGAUGCACCACUGCCUCAGAUGCACUACAGUCCAGAGCAGUUACCACCAGAGAACUCCACGUUCCUUGAGCGAAAUUUUGUUUGCAGGCUAAGAUGUCUCCUGGAUAGCUCUUCUGGGUUUCUUGCCGUGAACUUUCAGGGGCGGAUGAAGUUCCUGUAUGGUCAGAGUGAGAAGACAGCCGAUGGAAAACCCAUCCCUUCUCAGCUGGCCCUGUUUGCUCUGGUCUGCCCUGUUCGGCCACCUUCCAUACUGGAGAUCGGCUUCAAAAGCUUCAUGUUCAGAACCAAACACAAGCUGGAUUUCACGCCCACUGCAUGUGAUGCAAAAGGGGAGAUUGUUCUGGGCUACACAGAGGCAGAGCUGUGCUACCGUGGCUCAGGUUAUCAGUUCAUUCAUGCGGCUGACAUGCUGUAUUGCGCCGAGAACCACAUGCGCAUGAUGAAGACGGGUGAAAGCGGCUUGACUGUUUUCAGGCUCCUGACUAAAUACAAUCACUGGCUUUGGGUCCAGGCCAACGCCAGGCUUAUCUACAAAAACGGGCAACCAGAUUGCAUCAUCGCCUCUCAGAGAGCGAUCACGGACGAGGAGGGUGAGGAGAACCUGAGAAAGCGCACUAUGAUGCUCCCCUUCAGCUUUACCACAGGUGAGGCUGUUCUUUACGAAACGAACCUGCCCAGAUCCCUAAGCAACAACACACCUUCUGAUCCCAGAGCUCCCGGUGACACCGAUCGACCGAAAACUCUAGAUCCUGACUCCCUGCUGGGCUCCAUGCUGAGGCAAGAUGAGUCUAUAUAUGUGUGCCCUGCAGGUUCAGAUAAAACAUUACCCUCCAUACACUGCAUAGGGACGAAUGAUCUGUGUGGCAUCUCUCCGAGUGUUCUCUCACCAUCUGAGAGCUCUCUAUUUAGACGGCAGCCAAUCAUGAGGUCCGGAGGAGAUGACAGCUGUGACAUACUGAGCUUCAUGGGGAGUUUAGGGAUCAGCCCUGAUGAUCUGAAGCUCCUUCAGCAAGAUAAACUGUUCCUUAGCAUUGACCUUGAUGGUGGCAACAACACAGCGGACCUCACAGACAGGGUCUUGUCUUACGUCCAGCACUCUCUCAGGAAUAAGACCGAUCGUACACUGUCCAGUGAUGUUCGAGGGAACCUGAACCCUACCUUACAGAAGGCACCUCUGUUCUCUUCAGAGGAUCAGCGACUAUAUUCCAUAAGUGAUUCUCACACAAUUUCUCAGGAACAACAGAUGUCCUUCAUAAUGGACACCCAGGGAAUACAGGAACAUCAAAAUAAUCCUCACGCAUCUCAUCCAUAUGAUGGGACGGAAGUCACACAAUGUCAGCUUUCACACAUAACUGUCCAAAAACAACAGGUUCGGAUCAUGAACCAGCAGUGCCAUACAGCUCUCAUGGACAACCAGCAACUUCCAAACCUUCCACCUCUUCAGGUGCGCAACGCUUUCGGAAAUGCUCAGGUUUGUAAAAACAUCCCACAUGUUCCAGACAGCGACAGCCAGCAGGUUCCUCCUCUCUUCCAGCCAGAGCUUCAGCAGUCUGGAUGCUUUUACCUGGAGACGUCUCCUCUAGAAAUGAAGAACUCUUACAGAAACCAUCUCAACACUGUAUCCAUCAGUUGCUCCCAGGAGCUCUCCUCACCUUACAUUACUGCAGGUGAUGCAGACGUGAGUGCAUUUACUGCUCAGGACCUCGAAGAGCUGCUUAGCAGCCUGGACGAAGGAGGUAUGGACAGGAACGGGCAACUGGGACAGAAUGUAGGAAUGGGGAUCAGAGCGGAAUGUAGCGCGACACAUCUAGCACAGCAUCAGAAUAACAGGCCUCAUCCCAACCUGUCUUUAGGAGGAUACUUGUGACUGCUUAGCUCAAGGUCUGGGUGAAACUUCAUACCUGGCAGAGGUGCACCGAGUCUGGAUGGUAAGUGAUCACAUCCAGGAAAACCAUUUAAAUGCGGGAAAGGCAGAAAUUAGGAAAAGCAAGGGUGAAAAUGGAUGAAAAGGCUCCAAAGGUCAGCUGUUAUAAAGAUUGAAGAUUGAGGAUUGGAGUUGUAUGUUGUGGCUGGAUAUGAUGACUUAAAUGAAUGAAGAACCCAUUUGUUGAGUGGCUUCCCUGACAUGUGAUUAAAUCUUUCAUUGUGCUUUGAUAAACGUCUCUUUAAAUGAUGAUUUGAAAAAAAAAUUACACAAUCGUUUUUCUCAAAUUAUUUGAAUAAUUUAAUUUUUGGAAAAAUAUUUUUGUAGUAUUUGGCAGCGUUUCGGAAUAUUCACGGAUAUUCCCUAUGUAUGGUGUUUAGCUAGUACUCAUGAAGAACCUGUGUACAUCCUUCUGGACUGUCAUUUGUAAAGUUAUUGUUUUCUGAUCUUUUGUACUUUUAAUGAAGCUGUUAAAGACAAUCGGACAAAUGUAGCACUUGUAAAGAUGUCUGUAUAAACAGAUUUGAUUAAGUGUGGCUUGCAACCAAAGAGAAGAUUGGUUCAUAGGAAGCACGGACUUUGGCCAAACCGCAAAUCAAGCUUUGUUUGGUUUUCUGCUGAAAUGUUAAAAAGCACUGUUGAUAAAUGAGAAAUCCAGAUUCUGUGUAUUUUGUUGGAUGACCAAAUUUGGACGAUCAUAUUCCUUACUAUUUAUAUAAUUCUUCUUGAUCAAGCUACUGUUUUUAUUUACUGUACAGUAUAUACUUUAUAAAAUGCAUUUAUAUAUGUGUAGAUUGAGCUUGUUUUUCUUAUUAGUUUGUAGUUUGUGGGCUCUGUAAUUUUUUAAUUACU